AUGCUGGUUGAUGUUGAGGACUUACAUCCAAUUGAAAAAGCUGACCUUAAAUUUAUUGCUACAAGUAACAGAAAAACUUGUAGAAAUAAUCUUUAUGAAAACGAAAACAAAAUUGGAGGAAUUUCAUUUAUGGGACUAAAUAAGUGGAAAGUAGAAAUUUCUGCUCCAAAUAAGAAAGACUUUUCAUUCACACUAUCAGUAAAAGCACCUGAUGAUAAGUCAUUAUUUCUGUCUGUUCCACUUUCAGUUCUCAGUUGUAGUCUGGUACCCCUUGAUAAGGAACCCAUUGACACUUCAGUCACUAGGAUUUCUUCUACAGUGUACAAAAUUCAACCUUCAACACAUGGCUUACUUGCAGUGAAGUUAAAAGUAUAUGAUGUCCAGCUUAAAGGUGCAUCAAUACUAGUACCUUUGAAUCCUCACCUUUGUAAAAAUACUCCAAUUCGUACUAUAGCUGGACUUAAUGGCCCAUGGGGAGUUGCAAUAGCUAGCAAUGGGCAUAUUUUUGUUUCUGAGUUUCAUGGUGAAUGUGUGACAAUGUUAGACAGUACAGGGAAGAAGGUGCAUUCUUAUAGGGUAACAGAAAAAGGUAACUGCAAGUAUUCUCAUCCCCGUGGCAUCGCUAUUAUUACAGAAUUAAGUUUAAGAUCGAAUCUUUUCAGAGGACGAGUCAGAUGGGAUCAGUAUCCUGUUUCAAAUGACUACCUUAUUAUUUCGGAUGAGCACAGAAUCAGAAAGGUAAUGGUGACAGAUGGAUUAAGUGUAGCAUCAGCUGGAAAGAAGGGAAGCGGACCGCCUCAAUUUAAUUUUCCAAUUGGUUUAGCUGUUUGUCGAACAUUGCCACAAUCUGUUUAUGUUUGUGAUUGCUUUAAUCAUUGUAUACAAAUCUUAGAUUCUGCAUUACAAUCUUUAUCCAUGUUUGGUUCUGAGGGGUCAGGUGAGGGACAAUUUGACCAACCUACAGAUAUUGCUAUUGAUAAUCAGGGCUGCCUGUAUGUUACUGAUACUGGCAAUCACCGAAUUCAAAAGUUUUCUUCUGAUGGAAAGUUUAUAUUCAAAUUUGGUACAGAAGGAUCAGGUCAGGGGCAGCUCAAAAAUCCAUAUGGUAUUACAAUAGAUGAAAAGACCGAUCUAUUGUAUGUCACUGAACGGAGCAAUUCCAGAAUAUCUGUUUUCAAUAGCGAUGGUGAAUUUGUUUGUAGUUUUGGGAGUAAAGGCAAUGGAGAUGGUGAACUUAAUGAACCUAGAGGAGUAAGUUUUAACAGAGAUGGAUUCUUAUAUGUUUGUGAUUACUUAAACAAUCGAAUAGUAGUGUAUUGA